CGUCACGGCCGCUUCAAGAAAGGAAGUUCUCAUUCAUGAUGGCGGUGGUAAUGCAGCUGGUCUCCUUUCUCUCUAUCUUGAUCUCAAUUACAGUGUGUGAUGAUGUUUUUAAACUGGUUAACAGUUCUGUUCAAUUGGAGGUGAAGAAAAAGGUUGAUAGUCCUAAACUCCUGAUCUGGUCAUUUGGCAAGAUGGCUGACAGUGAUUACAUUGUGAAAUAUAUUCCAUCACUACCAAGUGAAGUAUACAGGAGUAAAGACAAGGUGGAGUUUAAUGAGGAAACCCACAGUCUGACACUGAAGAACUUACAGAAGAAUGAUAGUGGGUUGUAUCACGCAGUAGCAGCUGAUAAAAUGACUGAAAUUGUUGCUGCGUACCAACUGUAUGUUUUAGAUCCUGUUGGGAAACCAGUCCUUAAUGUCUCUCACCAGCAACACCCUGAGACUUGUAAUGUGACUUUAACCUGUGGAGCUCAGAAUCUCUCCAUCACCUCCUACUGCUACAAUGAUAACUGUAAUAUGAAGGAAGAGAUAACAGCUGAAGGGGUGUCCCUUUCCUUUUCAUUUGAUUUUAGUAACAGCAUCAUUGUUUGUAAUCAUAGCAACCCUGUCAGCUGGGAAACUACAACUAUGGAGAUGAAACAUGUAAAACAACUCUGCCCUUUUAAAGCUAUAAGCAUGCACACAUACUGCAUACUGUAGGGUAAAUUUAAAAUAAAGUCAAAUUAACAUGCUUUAUUGAUGUAAACAACAAAUAUUUUCAUUAAUAAAUGAUUCCCCUCUUUUUCUGCUACAUUAAUACUGUACAACAAAUAAAAUAUGUA